ACAUGAGGCUUGUUUCUCCAACUGGCAAAUUCUCAUUCUCUGUCAUGAUAUGAGCUGACUCAACUCUUCAAAUAUGGACAACAGUACACAACCGGCGAACGUCACUAAAGUGAGCAGUGUGUUCACAAAUGAGGUUCUGCCAGUGCUCUACACCAUCAUCUGCGUUUGUGCGUUGAUUCUCAAUGGACUCGCCGCGUGGAUCUUCUUCAGACUUCCCAGCUCUUCUGCCUUAGUGGUUUACCUAAAAAACAUGGUGGUGGCGGAUGUACUAAUGCUGUUUUCCUACCCGUGGCGUGUAGUGGGCGACCUCGGUUAUGGUGGCUUCCAGCUGAAGCUAAUAGUUUGCCGUUACACGGCUGUGCUUUUCUACCUCAGCAUGUACACUGGAAUAGCCUUCAUGAGCCUCAUCAGCUUGGAACGGUACUUUAAAAUAGUCUGCAGCUCCUCCAGAGUGUCGUCGUUUCUCCAGCGCGUUUGGGUGGCGAAGGCUCUCGCGCUGUUAGCAUGGGGAAUCAUGAUAUUCUUCUCGCUGCCCAACACCAUAUUAAGCAACCAGCCCAUGCCUAAGGUUUUUUCCUGCAUGGCCCUGAAGAGUGAGCUGGGUCGGAACUGGCAUGUAGUUUCAGCCCACUUCAAUGUCGGGAUCUUCUGGGUGGCGUUUCUGCUGAUGGUGUUUUGCUACACAUCCAUCGCUUGCCAUGUGUAUCGCUCCUAUAAACGCGUGCAACGGGACAGCAGCGCAGCGGGACGGAGGUCAAAUCAGAGCAUCUUUAGCUUGCUGGCUGUGUUUAUCAUCUGUUUUGUGCCUUAUCACGUGUGCCGUGUUCCUUACACUAUGAGUCAAAGAUCCAAUUCCGGAUAUCAGCCACAAGACCGCUACGUUCUCUUCCAGAUCAAAGAAGCUACGCUCUUUCUGUCCGCCCUCAACGUCUGCCUGGAUCCUGUCAUCUACUUCUUUAUGUGCCGGAUAUUUAGAGAGUCACUCCUGUAGAAAUUGACUUCUGUAAAUCAAGAAAACAGGAGGCCUUCGGUAGGCACUGGGCUGAGUAUCAGCAACCUGUAGGAGGAAGAAUGUCUUGUGCGAUGGUUGUCUGAAAGAUGAAAAAAACUGAUAUUGAUGUUUUAAAACCACAGAUCAAGUCGUGGUUUCCUUGCACAGGAAAAUGCAGAAAAGGGGGUUAAGCCAAAGUAGGUCACACCACAUGGAUGUUUUUUAAUAAGUCCACCACGGCUCUAAAAAUCAAAUGAGUCACUGCUUUAAAGUAAAGUUGACCUGGAACUGACUUUUCCCCUGACUUGCACAGCUAAAAAUUAUGAUUCUAGAAACAAGGUUUCACAGAGAAGCCAUAUACAGUUUAACACUGUAUUAGUGUCAAAAACGUUUGUAUAAAUGAUUGUAUAUGCAUUGGUGAGCUUAUAAGUUUCUCAUGAAACCAUGAAUGGAAAUCUGAGUUGGUGAUUUACCGCAGUUGUUCGAGCUGUAGUAUUGCUGAAAGGCUAAACGUUAUCAGCAUGAUGGUGUAAAAACUGCACAUUUCCAGUCUAAACCAACUUCUGCAAUCUUAUACCAACAGCUGAAAAAAAUGCAGUUACAGCGAAAUAUGUGGGGGAGCGUUGCUUUUGUGGGAAUGUAUAUCUUUUGCAAUAUGGAGCAGUUAAAGUGUUUAACAGUAUUUUACAGAAUUCUUUAAAAUGUUUUUUGUUACAACUGAAUUAGCAUAAAAUAAAUGUAUGAAGUGAUAAAACACAAUAUCAAAUGGACCGAGACAUCUACAGUUGAAAUCAGAAUUAUUAGCCCCCUUUGAUUUUAUUUUAUUUUUUGAAUAUUUUCCAAAUUAUGUU